AUGGGAGUGCCAGCUCUAUUCCGGUGGUUAUCCAAAAAGUACCCCAAGAUCAUCCAGAGUGUCGAGGAGGAGGAGCCGACACGGAUCCCCGGACGGGAUGGCGAAUCGGUCGAAGUGCCGGUCGAUACGUCGCGCCCGAAUCCCAAUGGCGAGGAGUUUGACUGUCUGUAUCUAGAUAUGAACGGUAUCGUGCAUCCCUGUACGCAUCCCGAAGGCAAGCCCGCGCCAGAAACCGAGGAGGAGAUGAUGGUCGAGGUGUUUGCCUACACCGAGCGCGUCGUGAACAUGAUUCGGCCACGGAAGCUGCUCAUGAUGGCGAUUGACGGCGUCGCGCCGCGCGCCAAGAUGAACCAGCAGCGCAGCCGCCGCUUCCGCUCGGCACAGGAUGCACAAAUUCUGCGCGACGAGCAGGAAACGGAGCUCGAGAAGCGCAAGCAAAACGGCCUUGCGGGCACCGACGAGGUCGUCAAAAAGUCGUGGGACUCGAACGCAAUCACGCCGGGCACGCCGUUCAUGGAUCUGCUCGCCUCGUCGCUGCGUUUCUGGAUUGCACACAAGCUCAACACAGACCCGGGCUGGAAGAAUCUGUGUGUCGUCUUGUCCGACGCCAGUGUGCCAGGUGAGGGCGAGCACAAGAUUAUGGACUAUAUCCGCCGCAAGCGCAGCGACCCCAACCACGACCCGAACAUGAAGCACGUCAUUUACGGACUGGAUGCGGAUCUCAUCAUGCUUUCGCUCGCGACGCACGAGCCAUAUUUCAAGGUGCUGCGUGAAGACGUCUUUGCGCAAGACUCCAAGAACAAGGGCUGCCACCGCUGCGGCCAAGAAGGGCACAUUGCCGUGCACUGCACCGGAAAGGCACGCCCGAAGGACGAGGCGCCAAAGAAGCCGGAAAAGAAGCCGUUUAUUUUCCUCGAUGUGCCGACGCUGCGCGAGUACCUCGAGAUCGAGCUGCAGACGCCGGGCACAUCGUUCGCUUUUGAUCUCGAGCGCGCGAUCGACGACUGGGUCUUUUUGAUCUUUUUUGUGGGUAACGAUUUCCUGCCGCAUCUGCCGAGUUUGGAGAUCCGCGAAGGCGCCAUCGACACGCUCCUUGGCAUCUGGAAGCGUGAGCUGCCGCGCAUGAGCGGAUACGUGACCAACAACGGCAAGGUCGAGCUCGCCAAUGCCCAGUUUAUCCUCGACGGGCUCACGCAAGCCGAAGACGACAUCUUCCGGAAGCGCAAAGAGAUGGAGGAGCGCCAGGAGGCGAACCAGCGGCGCAGGCGCCAGCACGAAGAGGGUCACCGCCAUGGCGACUCGAACUAUGUCGAGGUCAAGGCGUCGAAGCCGGUCGCCAUGCCGCAGAUCCAGCCUUCGGCGCCGGCCAAAAAGGGGCCGGUGAUGCUCGAUGGCGAUAGUAUGGACGUUGUGCGCAACCGUGCGCAGAUCCGCAUGGCCAACAUCAGCGCGGCCGAUGCGCUGCGCCAGGAACUCGCGCAAAAGACGGGCAAGAAGGGGACGAAGCGUGCCGCCGAGUCGCCUGACACGGGCCGCAAGCGCGAAAAGGUCGACGAGCCCAAGGGCGAGACGUCCGGCGACUCUGCCGUCUUUAAGCUCGACGAGGACCUUGCACCCAAGUCCGAAACGCCGGCCGAGGCGCGUGCGACAGCGAUCGCCAAGUCACUCGACGAGACUUCCUCGGACAGUAUCAAGGCCGAGAAGGACGUCAAGGCCGAAGACGUCAAAGCCGAGGACGUCAAGGCCGAGGUCCAGGCCGAGGUCAAGGCCGAAGACGACGACAGUGCGAAGGCAGAAGACCCCGAGGAUGAUGUCAAGGCCGAGGACGAGGAGGUGGCGAACGAAGACGACGACGACGAAGACGUCCCGCCCGAAAUCAAGGCCGUGGAGGAGCGCAAGAUCAACGCUGACGGCACGGUCGACUACGAGGACACGGUCAAGCUCUGGGAGCCUGGCUACCGUGAGCGCUACUACCGCCAAAAGUUUGGCAUCGAGCUCUCCGAUACGCAGUUCCGCCGCAAGGUAGUGCAGUCCUAUGUCGAGGGCCUGUGCUGGGUCCUUGCGUACUAUUACCAAGGCUGCCCCUCGUGGAAGUGGUACUACCCUUACCACUAUGCACCGUUUGCGGCUGAUUUUACUGACCUCGCCGAGCUGGAUAUCCGCUUUGACGAAGGCGAGCCUUUCCAUCCUUUUGAGCAGCUGAUGGGCGUGCUCCCUGCUGCGUCGCGCACCAACCUCCCUGCUCCGUUCCAGUGGCUGAUGACCAACGAGGAAUCCGAGAUCAUCGACUUUUACCCCACCGAGUUCUCCAUCGACAUGAACGGCAAAAAGAUGGCGUGGCAGGGCGUCGCGCUCCUGCCGUUCAUCGACGAAGGCCGUUUGCUUGGCGCGCUGCGCAAGCGGUACCCCGAGCUGACGGACGACGAGGUGCGCCGCAACUCGUUCGGGCGCAACGCCCUGUUUGUCGGCGACGACUCGGAGCUCUUUAGUCACCUGAGCCGCCUGUACGCAAAACGCACCCAAGGCAAUCCGGAGCCGAUCGACACAGAGAGCACCAGCCGCAUCGCAGGAGCGGUCUCUGCCGACCCCUCGUGCGUGCCGGGCUCCACGUUCUAUACCCCGCUUCCGACACAGGAAGGUAUGGGCGAUAUCCAGAACGACCGCAGCAUCUCGGUGCACUACGACUUCCCGCCCCAGCGCGUGCCGCACCGCAGCGUGCUGCUGCGCAAUGUGCGCCCGCCCCGCCGCCGCCUGAACGCGUCGGAUGCCGAGUUUGUGCGCCGUGGCGGCCGCGGCGGUAUGCGCGGCGGCCGUGGCGGUGGCCGCGGCCGUGACCGCGACAACUGGAGCCAGCCCAUGUACGGCCGCGACGCGCAGCCGAGCCGCAACCAAGGGCCGUACGGCAACUAUGGCAACGCCGGCCCCUAUGGCUCGUACAGCCAAGGGCCGUACGGCGCCAACCCGUAUAGCCAGGGCUACCAGGGCUACUCGCAGAGCCCGUAUGGCGCCGGCCCAUAUGGCGCCGGCCAGUACGGCAGUUAUGGAGGCUACGGCGGCUAUGGUAACCAGUACGCACAGCCGCCGAGCCACCCCUACGGCGGCGGCGCCUAUGGCGGCUACGGAUCGUACGGCACCGGAGCGAACGCGGUCAACCCGCAGUAUGGCGCUGGUGCCUAUGGCUCGUACGGUGCUCCGCCCGCUGCACCCUACGGCUACCCACCGAGCGGCGCGUAUGGCGCUCGGCCCGCACGUGGGAGAGGGCCGUACGGCGCGUAG